AUGAGUGACGCCACCGAUAAGAAGAAUUCAAAUGCCGCUGCCGUUGCUGUUCCCGUUGCUGCUGCAAAUAGUAAAACUGGUCUGAGUAGAUCACGAGUCAGCAGAGGCGGCAAACAAGGAGGCAACAGUACAGGGCCUCGUUCAGGCUACAACAAGAAGAAUGAAUCAGAUUCUUCACGUAUUCGACAUGACGAGAAUGAUAUCCCUGAAUCACAGCAGUGCUUGAUUUGUGCAGAGCGUAUCGUUUAUGCCGCCUUGACGCCAUGCAAUCACACUACAUGUCACAAAUGUACAUUUCGUCAGCGAGCAUUGUAUGAAAAGAAUAAUUGUCUUAUAUGUCGAAGUGAAAAUGAAAAGAUUGUAAUCACGGAGCAGUUAGAAAAGGGAUACGAUGAUAUAGAGGUUACUGAUAUAGUGGCUUUUGACGACAAGUACCAUAUUGGAUUCACACAAGAGUAUGUCGAACUGGAUACACUUCGAUUAUUGGAGAACGAAUGUCAAAUUUGUCAUGGGAUUUUCCCUACUUUUAGGGAGUUGGGUGAUCAUGCCAAAGAUGCUCAUGGGAAGUACUAUUGUUUGAUUUGCUCUAGGCACAAAAAGGCAUUCAAAGUUGAACUCCCCCUCUAUACGUACAAGCAACUACAAAAACAUCAAUCACAAGGAAAUGACACGGGAUUCAAGGGCCACCCUGAAUGUAAACAUUGCCAAGGAAAACGGUUUUAUUCAGAAGAUGAGUUGCAUGUACAUAUCCGUGAUCGUCAUGAGCGAUGUCAUAUUUGUGAUCAAACUACUCCCAAGACUGCCGAUUACUAUCGAAAUUAUGAUGCAUUGUACCAACACUUUACUAAGGCGCAUUACGUAUGCACAGUUCCUUCAUGUGUUGAGAAACGAUUUGUCGUGUUUAGAGACGAUUUGGAUUUGACAGCCCACAUGUUGAAAGAACAUGGUGGAUUGAAUAAUGGGCAGCGGGUUGUUAUCGGAUCCAACUCGUAUCAUCAUCAACAUGGUGGCCAUUUCAGUCAGUUAUCAACGUUUAACAAUUCUCGUUGGCUCUCGUCGAAUGAGGAUCAAGAUGAAGAUCAACAAUCGCCACAAAUCAAGAAGCGACGUUUUGAAGAAAGAGCCAAGCAUUACUUGAAUUAUGACAAUAGCAAGUAUCAAGAGUUUACAAAGAUUAAUGACUUAUUUUCAAAGAAGAAGAUCAACGCAGCAGAAUUGUUGAGAGUGUAUCAAAUGGAUUUAUUUAAACAUCAAACUUUGGAGGAGUUGAAUUUUCUAUUCAAGGAGUUUCUUGAAUUUUUUCCAAAGUCGAGUGACUUGUACAAAGAUUUAAUGUCUAUUAUAGUUGAGGAGAAUGAGACUAACCCCACUGAACAGUUUCCAGUGUUGGGUGGAUCGGAUGCUGCCAAUGCAUUCACGUCGAAUGGGUGGAUAGGAGGAAGAGGGUCGAGCAGAAACAGUGGUGCUUCUACGCCGGUUGAUCGGUUCCCUCCUCUAAAGAAACCGGAAAAGGUCAACUAUGUCAAUCCAAAUCAGCAACCAAUCCGGUACUCAACCAUUGUCAAAAAGAAUAAGCCAAAGACUAUGAAUAUCAACAGAUCUUUGGGCAUUUCGUCACCUCCUCCAUCGUUGCCAAAUUAUCUUGAUAGAGUGAGUAACACAAGAUCUGACCCGUCAUUGAACAGCGGGUCGCGAUCUGCGUCGUCAUCAUCAUCACAAACAUUCAGACCUCCUACUUUACACAAUGGCAGGGCCAGCUCUCCUAGUGCUGCCCUCGACGAUAACAAGUUUCCAGCAUUGGAGAAGAAACAAGUCAAGAAGGUGAUUCCCCGUGUUAAUGAAGUCAAGGUGACUGACCCCAACUCUUGGGGUGUGAAUGGUUCCACCAGCAAUGGAGCCGCAAAUACAACAAAAAGCACAAAUGACAACAAUGGGAUUGAGAUUGUUGACAAGAGGAAGCAAAAGAUGAAGAAGAAACAGGAUCGCAUAUUGUUUAGUAAUGCAUUUUAA